CGUCAACCAUGAAAGUUUUAGUGGUGCUUGCCUGUGUCGCCAUUGUUAUGGCACGUCCGGAGCCGCCUGUAGGCGGUUAUCACCAGCACCAUCAACAUCACGGUGGUCACGGUGGUCACGGUGGCUACAACUAUGCCCAGCCUGCCCAACCUGUACCGUACCAGCCCGCACCGGCUGUCUUUGGCCAGUCGUCACAGUUCUCGGGUUCGGCUGCCACGGCUUCGUCCGGCGCGAGCUUCUUCGAUACGCUGUCGGCCGGCGGUGCUAGCGGUUCGUUCUCCGGUGCCAGUGCGAACGCCUUCAGCAAUAGCCAGGUCCAGACGGCUUCGUUUGCCGCUCCCCAGCAGCAGAUCGUGCAGAAGCACAUCUACGUGCACGUGCCACCGCCAGAGCCGGAACAGUCGUUCCAGCAGCAGAUCGUCGGGCCCGGACUCCGCCAGAAGCACUACAAGAUCAUCUUCAUCAAGACACCGCACGUCCAGCCUUCCGCCGCCCAGCUCGCCCUGCAGCAGUCCCAGACGGAGGAGAAGACGAUCGUGUACGUGCUGGUGAAGAAGCCGGAAGCGCUCGGCGAUAUCAGCCUGCCCGCACCGCCAGUAACCAAGCCCAGCAAGCCGGAGGUGUACUUCAUCAAGUACAAGACCAACACGGAGGAGGUGCAGGCCCCGAUCGGGCUCGGCGUUAGCUCGUCUGGCGCUGCUCAGGCUGAUGCCGGUCUUGGUCUGCUCUCGUCCAGCGGUGUCGCGUCGUCGUCUGCCUCGGCCGGUGCCGUGUCCGCCGUUUCGAACGUUCCCGCUCAGACGUACGGUACACCCGGACACCAUCACGGUGGCUACCACUAAGCAGCGUAGAAGGCUCAUCACACCCGUGGA